CAUGAAAGUUCCCAUAACCCAAAGCAAGCACUUGUCAACUUCCGGUUAUUUUGACCACAUGGUUGAACUGCGAAAAUGCCGAAAUCGAAACGUGAUCGGAAAGUUUCCUUGACACAGACAAGAAAAAAAGGAUUAGAACUAAAGCAGAAACUUGUUGAAGAGAUUCGGGAUACCGUUGACCGAUAUGCUAGAAUAUUCACAUUUUCCGUACAAAAUAUGCGGAACAUUCAGUUGAAAGAUGUGCGACAGGAAUGGAAACACAGUCGGUUUUUCUUUGGCAAGAACAAGGUGAUGUCUCUGGCUGUUGGUCAGACCAGUGAGAACGAAUAUCGAGACAACCUUCACAAGCUCAGUCUUCAACUCCGAGGGCAAACAGGAUUGAUGUUCACCAACAAGACAAAGAAACAGGUUUUGAAGUACUUUGACAGUCUGCGUGUACCAGACUACGCUCGGUCAGGGACAACGGCCACGCAGGCGGUCGAGAUAGAGGAGGGGCCUAUCCCACAAUUCACUCACUCCUUGGAGCCACAGCUUCGCCAGCUCGGUCUGCCAACAAGUCUCAAGAGAGGGGUGAUAACUCUACUACACAGCCACACUAUAUGCCAGGCAGGGGAUGUGUUGACACCAGAACAAGCCCGGCUAUUGAAACUGUUUGGUCACCAGAUGGCGCAGUUCCACAUCACAAUAGAGGGGAUGUGGAGUAACGAUGGCAAGUGGGAAGUGUUUGAUGCCAGGCCAGAUCCAGUCGUGCCCACCAAAGUUACAGUCAAACCUCCUGAAAAGUCCGAGGAAGAGCUUGAUGUAGAUGAAGACGAUGACGACAUUGCUGAUGACGAUAAUGAUAACAAUAACAAUGAUGAUGAUGAAGAAGAUGACAGUGACGAUGAUGAAGGAGAGGGCUAAAGAUAAUAAAAUUCUGGUUCAAA